AUUUCUUGAUAUGAAACAAUUUAAUCUAGGAUAGAUUUUUGAUUUCAAUAUAAAUAUACACCUAUGCUUGACCAAAAGUAUUUUUCUAUGAUCUAAGCUCAAAAAUCGCGAAGCAACAGGUUUUACAAGUGUUACAAGAUUGUUUAAAAUUUGUUACAUCUGAAAAAUUAGUGGUCAAGUGUUUCUCUCAGUAUCUAAUAUGUUUCAGAAAUUUAAAAUUAAACGGUUAAAUCGUAUCUAUUGAAAUGCCUCCAGAAUAUGCCGAAAUGGUAGCUGCGAUCGCCUUUGGAGUGUUGUCUGCAAUAUUUGUUAGCGCCUUCAUAAUUUUGAUCGUAAUAUGCCGCAAGCAAAGGAUGAUUUAUAAAGGUACAUACCUUGACACUUAUCAGGAAUCGACACGCCCCGAAAAGCAACUAAUAGAACCUGAAGUCCCGGAGUUGGAAUUGGGGGCAGUCAAUAUGAAUUUGGAAUCAAUUCUACUAAAUGAUCAGUGGAUUGAUGAUGCAACAGGUCUAAUUCCGCAUUGUUUGACAAUUUUAAAAACAUGCCGAUACUUAACUGAAUGUUUAACAACAAUGGCAAUGAAUUCUACACCUUUAUCUGGAAAUUUUGGUCAAAUUGUUGACAGCGCCAAAAGAAUUUCUAGCAAAGUUGAUGACUUAGUAAGAAGCAUGUAUCCUCCAUUGGACCCUAGACUUUUAGAAGCAAGGGCAAGUGCAUUAACACUUGCAGUCACCCAUUUAGCAUUAAUAUCUAAAUAUGAAUGUGGAGCUAAGGAUAAAUGGAAUCUUGCAUGGAUUGACAAAUUACUACUGGAAAUGGAAGAACAUGUAAAUUUUUUAAGAGAAGCUGCCUUCUCUCAAGAAUCUAGUAACAAGAUACCUGCUAUGAAUCUCAUUUCUUAGUUAUAUGAAAGUAUUAUAUAUCAUUUAUUUAUUGCAUUGCAACAUGAGAUGUUGGUUCCAUUAUGAGAAUAGCAAUUUUUUAAUUUACCAAUUGGUGAUAUUUUUGUAAUUAUACUUACCUUUAUCACUCGCUUCCUGAGAUGUCCUAUUAAACAUUUACGUAAAUAUCUAAAUAAAAGUUAUGGUAUAAUAAAACCUGUCAAAAAAAC